AUGGCGCAGGAACAGGGAUUUUAUUCGUGGUACAACCUCUCUAUCGUCUUCGCCCUUUGUCUAGGGUCGUUGUCGUAUGGGUAUUGCUUCAGCAUUAUCUCGACAACCCUUGGUCAGCCCGGCUUCUUCAAAUACUUUGGCCUGGCAGCUGCGCCGACCGAGCCCAACUAUGCCUAUACCAAUCGCAUCCUCGGUGCCACUAGUGGCCUCUUCUCCGCCGGUGCCUUCAUGGGCUGCUGGACCAUGGGCUGGAUGUGCGACGCGCGUGGUCGGAAGCAGGCCUUGUAUAUUGCCACGAUUAUUUCGAUUGUAGGGUCCGCACUGCAAGCAGGCUCCGCGGCGAUCGGCAUGUUUCUGUUCGCACGAUGGUUGACUGGCUACGGAGUCGGAAACUUGGUCACCUUGAUCCCAAUCAUGCAGGCAGAGAUAUCUCCUCCGGCCAGUCGGGGGUUCUUGGUCGGGCAGCAUGGUGUCGUUCUCGUGGGGGGCUAUAUGAUUGCCGGUUGGGUCGGCUAUGGCUGUUACUUCUCUCGGAACGAAAAUUUCCAAUGGCGGUUCCCUCUGGCGGUGGCUUGCCUCUGGCCCUUGCUGACUCUUGCCGUUGCGCCUUGGAUUCCGGAGUCUCCUCGAUGGCUGCUUCUUAAAGACCGCCGGGACGAGGCCUGGAAAAUCGUUGCGAAGCUUCAUUACAAUCCAUCGGAUCCGGAAGAGGUCUACGCCCGCAAGGAAUUCUACCAAAUGUGCCGGCAGGUCGACCACGACAGGGAGUUCUUCAGCCAUGAGACCAUCUGGGAUCUGUGGCGCAAACCCAGUUACCGCAAGAGGAUGCUCUGCGGCUUCUUCACCUUCUUCAGCAACGAAUCUUCGGGCAUCCUCGUCAUCUACAACUACAGUGUCAUGAUCUACCAGGGCCUUGGACAGACGGGACAUAUGCCUCUUCUUCUGUCUGGCAUCUAUGUCACGAUCGGGGCCCUCGGAAACUACGUCAACUCGAUCUUGGUCGACCGAACCGGCCGAAGGUUCCUCUUCCUCACCGGCCUGAGUGGGAUGCUGGUUUCGCUGAUCGCCGAAUCGAUCUUGUUGCGCUACUAUUCGGGUACCGAUAGCCAUGCAGGACUGAGUGCGGCGCUCUUCUUUAUAUUUUUGCAUCUGACCUUCUACGGAUGCUGCAUUGAUGCCAACAGCUUCAUCUACUGCUCCGAGAUCUUCCCGACACAUAUUCGACCGCGAGGCAUGGCGUGGUCUGUGGGGACUUUGUUCCUGACCACCAUCCCCUACCUCGAAGCCGCGCCUACGGCCUUUGCCGAAAUCGGUUGGAAAUACUAUAUUGUCUUUAUCGUCCUGACGACCAUCAACAUCCCCAUCAUUUACUUUUUCUUCCCUGAGACAAAAGGCCUGUCCCUCGAAGAGGUCGGCGAGAUCUUUGGCGACGAUGUGGCGAUCCACCUCACAAACCAGGCCGAGGACGAAAAGGCCGAGAUGGAGGUCGAUAUUGCUCAGAUCGAAGCACCCAAACAUGCCUAG